AUGGGUGAUCUUAACAAUGUUUUAUCUCAUGAUGACAAAAGGGGCGGUAAUAGGUACCCUGACUUUUUAAUCCAAGGUUUUCAACAGUCUUUGGUUGACAGUGGACUUCAAGACAUGGAGUUAUGUGGUUAUUCGUUUACUUGGGAGCGUGGGCGGGGUACUAAUCAUUGGAUAGAAGUGCGUUUGGAUAGGGGACUUGCUAAUCUUGCUUGGUUGAACAUGUUCACUUUUGCUAAGCUCCAUAAUCUUGAAAUUUCAACUUCAGACCAUGCUCCGCUUCUUAUGGUCAUGGUUCCUGCUGCAGGCCACAAUUUUGUUAAGCAAUUUCGGUUUGAAAAUGCAUGGUUAAGGGAACCUCUUUGUUAUCAGAUUGUAAAGGAUAGCUGGGAGAUUUGUGAGUCUGAUGAUGUUAUGAAUAAAAUUCGGUGUUGUGGGGACAAAUCGAAGCAAUUGUGGUUGCAAGAGGGAGAUAAUAAUAGCAAGUAUUUUCAUGCUUCUGCAACUACGAGACGAAGGAAUAAUUUUGUUGUAAAACUUAAAGAUCAUUCGGGUGCAUGGGUUGACUGGGAUAGUGGUUUGAAUGAUCUUAUGGCUUCUUAUUUCCACGAGCUUUUUUCCUCUUCCCAAACCAACUGGAGAGAAGUCACAAACAGCGUGCAAACUCGUGUAUCAUCUCAGCAGAAUGCUGAGCUAUUGUUACCGGCUUUAGAUGAAGAAGUUCGGAAAGCUUUGUUCCAAAUGCAUCCGGAUAAAUCCUCAGGGUCUGAUGUAAUGACCCCAAACCUUAACAAAACCAUUUGGGUCUUACUCCCUAAGAAGAAGCAGCCAAUGGAUAUGGGGGAUUUAAGACCCAUUGCAUUAUGCAAUGUGAUGUACAAGAUUGUGUCCAAAGUGGUUGCUAAUAGACUUAAGAGCCGAUUAAUCUCGGAUAACAUCUUUAUUGCUUACGAGAUUAUGCAUCACUUAAAGAGGGAACGAAGAGGGAGGGAUGGUUAUAUGGCACUCAAGCUAGAUAUUAGCAAAGCCUAUGAUAAGCUUGAGUGGGGUUAUCUCCGGGCUAUGAUGGUAGGAAUGGGCUUUGAUGGUCGCUGGAUUAAUUUAGUUAUGCAAUGUGUAUGUUUAGUUUCUUAUACCAUUUCACAUGGUGGGAAGGAGUUGGGGCCCAUUAUUGCUCAAAGAGGGUUGCACCAAGGGGAUCUUUUAUCACCAUAUCUGUUUAUUCUUUGUUUUGAAGGGUGUAAAAUUGCUCGAGGUGCGCCGGUAGUCUCGCAUAUGCUCUUUGCUGAUGACAGCUACAUUUACUGUAAGGCAGCUGAGGAAGAAGCCAAUAAUACUGGAAUUGACGUGCGGGAUUCCAUUUAUGCUAUGUUGAAAAUUUAUGAGGCCGAUGAAAAUGGCAAUUACCUGGGUUUGCCAUGUUCGGUUAGGAGAAAUAAGAAUGCUAUCCUUGGUUUUCUUAAGGAUAAGCUUCGGAAGAGAAUUCAAGGGUGGGAAGGGCGUAUCUUAUCUCAUGCGGGAAAGGAGGUAUUGUUGAAAUCUAUUGCUCAAGUCUUCCCGAGUUAUGCUAUGAAUGUUUUUCUCUUGUCGUCAGACACUUGCAAGGAGUUAGAGCGGCUUAUGGCCAAGCUUUAUAAGGCUAAAUAUUAUGCUACUGGUAAUCUGUUCUCUGCUGUAUUGGGAGAUAAUCCUAAUUUCAUUUGGCGUAGUAUUCUUGAAGCAAAAGAUCUCAUCCACGCCUGUGCUCAAAGAACAAUAGCUAAUGGGGAAAAUGUAUCCAUUAUUAAUGAUCCUUGGCUUUUACAUAAUUCAAACAACUAUGUUGUCUCACGGCACCCUGCUCUUGUGAAUAAGUCGGUCAGCUCCCUCUUUCAAGUCGGUACUCACGCGUGGGAUGAGGAUGUUGUGAGGAAUCUGUUUGUUGCCCGUGAUCAGGACCUUAUUUUGUCCAUUCAGCUUAGUGAUUUGGUCGCUAAUGAUGGUUGGAGUUGGCGACUUGAGAUUUGUGGGAAUUAUUCGGUUAAAAGUGCAUAUAAAUUCUUGGAAGAAUCUAAGGAUGCUUGGUCCCGAGAUGCCAAUACUGAUUUUUGGAAGCGGCUUUGGUCAUUAAAAAUUCCUCCUAAGAUCAGCUACUUGGUAUCGCAGCAUAGUGGACGUCGGGGUUGGGGCAGCAACGUUCAGCAGCUGGUUGUUGGGAAUUUUCACCAGGGGGCACAAGUUGAAAUGGAGGAAGCGGCGAUGGUGAGUUGGGCUAUUUGGCGUGUGCAGAAUGACUUUAUUUGGCAGAAGAAGAGUUGGCUUGCUUCAAAUAUUGUAACAUCAGAUAGAACCAUGCUUGAUCAAUACAAAUUUGCUCAGGAAAGGAAUGGCCUUUCGUUGUCUCCUUUGAAUGAUGGGGGGCGGAACUGUGAGUGUUGGAUUGUACCUGUGUUAAACAAGAUUAAAGUUAAUGUUGAUGGGGCUUUAUUUGAACAAGAAGGGCGGUUUGGAGUGGGCUGUGUGUAG